AUAUAUAGGCCCGUCCACUAGCAAUACAAUUGCACAUGACACCUUGGCCUCGCAGUAUGUGAUUGGAGAAAGAAUGGGCGAAGGAAGUUAUGGGUCUGUGUUCAAGGGAACUCGCAUCUCUGAUGGCCUACAGCCAACUGAUAGCCGAUAUCUCCAAAGUCCUGUUGAGUCCAAGGCCGUCCCUGUGGAAGUGGCACUGAUGCAGAUGGUGAACGAGCCACCUGUCUGCAACAGCAUCAUCAAGCUCAUCGAGUGGUUUGAUGAGCCAGACCAAUACAUCCUGGUCCUGGAGCGCCCUGACCCUUGUGUGGACUUGAAGAGCUUCCUUCACAACUUAAGAGGUUAUGCCGAUGAAGAGACGGCCCGAAAUAUAAUGCUCCUGGCUGUGGAGGCAGCGAGCCAGUGCAGCUUGCGAGGUGUCCUUCAUCGGGACACAUGCCACAGAUAAUCUACUCAGUCACACGCCACAGAUAAUCUACUCAGUCAGACUCCACAGAUAAUCUACUCAGUCAGACUCCACAGAUAAUCUACUCAGUCACACA